GAUCCACAUUCCAGAAAAGCAGAAGUGAGGUCAGGAGGUGACCGAGAACUCCGAACCUUAUCCAUGGCUUCCCAUUCUCUUCAGUUACUCUCUCACACAAAGCCCCAUCUUCAUCUUCGUUGGAACCAUCAGAUCACUCAGAUCGUGAAUCCUUCGCUGCAACCAAUCCAUAACGUCGUCCGCCAAAAACCAUUCUCCACCCAAUGCGCUUCGAAUUCGAUUUCAGUACCUGAGACCGAUAACCCCAAUCCGAACUCAGAUUCCAACACAGGUGGAGAAGCCGAAGAAGGAUUUCAGAUAGAGAAGCGAAGAAAAUCUGUUAUAAUUCGAGACCGAAAAUCACGGGUAGGCCUAGUGAAGCCCGAGCCCAAGAAUUUCGAGAUCGGUUGGAAGAGAACGAAAAAUAUAGAAUUGGAGAAGCCGAAAGGCUACGUGAUCGCCGACGUCUUGGAGAAAUUGGAGUUUUUGAUGGGGAGAGAGUACGGAUCAGAGGAGCUUCUGGCGAAAACAGGGGAAAUUGUGGCGGAGAGAGCACGAGAAGAGGCGGAGAUACUGAGAGAGGAAGGAGAGGUGGAGGAGAGAUUGAUUACGGAGUUGUUUAGAGUUCUUAAGUUGAUGGAGAUGGAUUUGGCAAUGGUGAAGGCAGCGGUGAAGGAAGAGACACUGAAGGAGAGGCUCGAGCAAGCCAAGGCUCGAUGCAGGCAAGCGAUUCUCGUUGCCUAUUCGUUUUGAUUUCUAAAAUUAAUGAUGGAGUAUUAGUAUUUGGUGAAGAAUUUAAGCCUGAGAUUGAUUCAAUUUUGUUACUAAGGAUAAGACAGAAUUCGCGUAAUUUAAUUAAUAUAAAUUGAAGUUUUAUCUGUUCAA